UCUCUCGGCCGGAGAGGGCGGACCGGCGAGGGUUGGAUCCGCCCAGGGCUACCUGCGCGGAGGUGGAGGCGCGGCCGGAGGAGGAAGUAGGACGCGCGGCGAGGGGGCAGCGCCGAGGAUCGGGAAGAGGCCGGGGCUCUCGGGGCUCGAGCGGGGACGCCACCACCAUGGAGGGAGGCAGUGGAAGUGGCCCAGGGAUGGCCAAUGACCGGGUGAAGAACCUCCAGAAUGAAGUUGAGGGUGUCAAGAACAUCAUGACCCAGAAUGUGGAGCGGAUUCUAGCAAGGGGCGAGAACCUCGACCACCUGCGCAACAAGACGGAGGACCUGGAAGCAACGUCGGAACACUUCAAGACAACCUCACAAAAAGUGGCCCGCAAGUACUGGUGGAAGAACAUGAAGAUGAUCGCCAUCAUCUGCGUCGUUGCUGCCAUCAUCCUUAUUCUCAUCAUCCUGCUGGCCACCGGGGUCAUCCCGUCUUAAGUCCCUUUCCCGCCACUGGACUUUCCCCACUCAUCAUUCCCACGUUUCUUGUGUGUUUUUAAUUUUGCCCCCGUUAUCUCCUCCCUUAAUAGCUGAAAUCCGUCACUGAAUCACGAGGCCCUUGGCCAGAGGUCGUGAUCGAGAGAUUCCGGUUGCUUCCCUGCCACACCUGCCUGUCCCCACAAACCUCCCUCCCACGUCAGGACCAAAAGGCUCUCUCAGCUGUACGUGUGAACGCAGCCCCAGGAGGCAGGGACUCUUUCUGCUAGAUCAGCGAUGGCGAACCUUUUCGCCACUGAGUGCCCAAACUGGAAUACAUGUGCAUGCGUCGGACCAGCUGGCUGGUGCAUGCCUGCCUGCCUGUUUGCUGGCUGUUUCUGGGGCUGGUUUCAGGCUGUUUUGGUCUGAAAAACGGCCUGUUCUUUGGCCACUUGUCAGGCCAUUUUGGGGGCAUCUUCAGGCCAUUUUCCAGCACUCUGGCACCCACCAAGACCAGCUGGCUGCCUCAGAAACCAGAAGAGCAGCUGGCGACGGUGUGCGUGCCCGCGGAGAGGGCUCUGCGUGCCACCUCUGGUACGCUCGCCAUAGGUUCACCCUCAUGGUGCUAGAUGAUUCCCUUCCCAGCAGAACCUGGUAAAAUUCUGAUUCUGCAAGUGCCUCAGCCGCUGCUGGGAACAGGCCUUGCCAGCCUUCUCGGUUCCAAAUGAAUCUGGCCAAAUUCCUGGAACGGGCAGUGGAGCUUCCCCAGGAAGGAUCCCAGCCUUACGCGGCCACUCUGGGUGUUCCUCCCCUUCCAGGAAACCUCGUCCUCGGGUCUCCUCACUUUGUGUACCUUUCGUCAUCCCAGAUGGAGAAGUGAAUGACUGAAACUCACCUGGCAAUAAAGAUGUUUUUGAAAUAUUGUUUUAAAUGAAAAAUGGAAGACGAGAGUCCAGUUCAGGUUCUCUUAAAUGUUGACUUCUCUCUUGGGAAAAUUAGCUCCUCAAGAUGUCAGCUCCCAAGGACCCGACUCCUCCAAUUGGGACCCCCGAGUGGCACUGAGAUCAUUCCUUUUGAUUGGCAUGUAGUCUUCCUUCAGCUGCAGCCUUUUCUGAUCUAGAGCCUCUGAUCUUUGAGGAAUUUCUAAGAGAUGUUUAUUCACUUUUGCACAUUUGAUUUACUAACUGUAAUAAAAGUAUUUAUAAAUCA